AACUGGGUGAGAUGUUUCGCCGGCAUUAUGGGGGGUCCCUAGGGCACGUACCCCGGGACCCUUCCCCACAGCAGCCGAGGCGCUGUUGCUCAGCCUGGGCCGGGCCCCAGACAGGCUGGGGGAGACGUCAGGGGGGCGGUUUCCCCAGCGUCUUCAGCAGUUCUGGCUCUGAGCCAUCCUUUCACUCGUGGGGCUGUAAGCCAGGCCCCGGAGGAGAACGAAACCAUCGCAACUCCAAGGACUUGGCUAGUGGAGGCAGUGGCCCACAGCCCCCCGAGGCCUCACCCGUUCGGGUCGUGGAGCGCCACUCGGUGUUUGCCAACAAUGCUUCCACCGCUCUCCACUCCUUCCUGACCCAGAUGUGGCAGGUGUCAGAUCCCAGGGACUCCGGCCUUCCCUGCGACCCCAACGGCAUCUCUGGCCCCUGCCCUACCUCCAGCGGCUCCAACUCGAAGGAGUUCCCACCUAGGAGGGCAGGAGGCAUGAGGCGGUCAGGGGUUUGGGGUCCCGGGUGUCACCCUCCAGAUUUCAACGAUGGGCAAGCCGCUACCCAGCGGGAGAGCCAGAGAGGGACGGGGCCGGUCCAAGAGCCUCAGAUCCGGCCGGAAUGUGCUCUGGUCCACCUGUUCGGCUGCGACGACUGCCAGAGGCUGAACUGGGGUUGCGGGGAGGUCUGGCAAAGGGACUCUUCCCCGGGACCAGAGAGAAGCAAGGUGUUGGCGGGACCGUGCUGGUGGCCAGGAGCUGGGGACAAGAAGGGGAAGGAGGGACAGGAAGAAGAAGAAGAAGAGGAGGAGGAAGAAGAAGAAGAGGAAGAGGAGGAGGAAGAAGAAGAGGAAGAAGAAGAUUGGGAAGAACUGUGGGUGAGUGGGAAGCCCCUGGAACUAAAGACUGGGCCGAGAGGAAAACCUAAGGAACAAGAUGCCUGGAGCUGCACCCAUCAGGGGCACCGUAGGGACCCAGAGAGGGCAGUGGAAGAUCCCUGGGCACUGGCAAAGUGGGAAUGGAGUGGGGAGAUGAAGAAGAACUGGCCCGAGCUGUGGGAAGGCCCCGGAGACAACGUCCAAGCUUCGCUUUCCCCCCGGCACCAGGAGGUGGAUGGGGGUUGCAGAAACAGUGGCGCCCCUGUAUUGCCUGGGAGGGCCCGGGGUCAUGUCAGGCUCAUCGUGGAGGCAUUUGAGCGCAAGUCCCGGAGGGCUGAACGGGCAGCCCAGCGCCAGGAGCAGGAGUUGGGGCAGGUUUUGAUCCCGACCCCGGGUCUUGCUCCCGCUUCCCAGGCUAGCGGGGGGUCAAGGAGAAGAGGCAGCUCCCGGGCAGGGGGAAACUUCAGGCCUUCUGACGAUCUCCUUCAGGCCCCUUUCCCAACCAGGCGGGGCUCAGGUCAGGACACUAACGCAGGGGAGGGCAAGGGCCCGGCACGAGCGAGAAGACCCCCCUCUCAGCUCAGGGGUCCGGGGCAGUGGGAGAAAGAAGGGAGGGGUCUGGCUAGUCCUCAAGCUUCGAAGCACAAGCAAUAUUAAACAGCCUUUGCUGCAA